CACCCGUUCGCGUGAUCGCGAUCGCCUGCUCCGUGAAAAAUUACAAUAAAUUAAUAAAUUUAGUGCAACAUUUAAUAUAAUAAGCAAAAACGAGUGCGUUGGCGUUCGCGUGGCACUGUGCGUGGUAUUGUGUGUGACAGGCCAAAAUCGAAGCGAAGCCAGAGAAAGGCAAGCCAAUAACAACAACAGUGAAUGGGGAGGGGGCCAAAGCCAAAAGCCACAAAAAUAUUGAGCAUCAAGGUUUAAUGCUGCAACACGGAUUCGAAAUCUACAAAGGCAGCAACACCUGGAGCUUCACUGUACGUGCCACAUAUAGUAUUCAUUUGGUCUGCAGCUGUGACAAAUGAUGGCCUAAAAUGGCGGCUACACCACCAAUGCCGCCCGGAUCAAACAGUUACCAAUUGAAUGGCAGCAGCAGCAACAGUAGCAGUAAGAAUCCAGCAGAGGGAAACACCAACAAUAUAAGCGAGGCAAUUCAUCAGCACUUUCUGCGGAAGAAGGACGCUCCACCGACGAGUCAGAGGAAUCGCUGCGGCAGCUAUGAGCAGCUGGAGCUGCUGGAGCAUCAACAGCCAGCAGCAGCAGAGGGAGAGGCGUCACCAGCAGAAGCAGCAUCAGCAGAGGGGGGAGAGGCUGGACGCAAGCAGAGCACGCACUGCCACUGCACGAACAUCAGUAUCAUGCACCUGUUCCACGAGAUGAAGCAGGAGUUCCCCACGAUACCCGAUGCCAUAGUGACGCAGUGCGUCACCGAGAAUUGCCACCAGCGCGAUAACUGUAUACAGAUGUUGAAGAAGGAGCUGGCCCUGCAUCCGAUACCUGCACAGAGCUACCCGGCCAAGGUGUUGCAGCAACAGCAACAGCGGCAGGCCAAGCCUCCCACCCCACUGAAGCCAUCGAGAGUGGCACCAACCCAACCCCCAGAACCCAGCCAGAAUGGGAAUGGCAAUGGCGAUGCCAGCCCCAGCCCCACCCAUAGUCCGAGUCCCCAGCCCAGGCCGCGACCCACCACGCUCAAUCUGCAGCGACAACUGAACGCCCAGCUGCAGCAGAAGAUUCAGCAGCGACAGCAGAGGCAGCAGCGCGACCAGCAGCCACCGCAGCUAACGCCGACGUCGCUGAGCAAGCCACUGCGCAGAGCGCCACCCCUGCCGCCGGCACCUGGGCCCCCGCUGGCACCCAAGCCGAGCUUCUCCAACGAUUCCUCCUGCCUCACCAGCCCCAUGAGCUCCAGCGAAUCGGAAUUCUCACUCAACGCCGUCUCCUUAUCAUCGCCGACGUCAGCAACAAGAGCGACAGCAGCAGCAGCAGCAGCACCAUCAGCAGCAGCGACAGCGACGGCGACAACGCCUCAGCAAGCCUCUCCGGUGCGGCACCGUUCAGUCAUCAAUCUGCAGCCAGAACUGCCUUAUACACGCGAUUUCCUCAGCAACAACAGCGCCCUCUCGCCAGCGUUGACGCCACCGACGUUGCCCGGCUCACCUGGCUCGGCCUCCGCCGUCUCGCCGGGUCGCAAGAGCUUCACCUCGCUCAAUCUCACGUUACGCCAGCCGACGGGCGGCGCCCAGUCCGCGAUCGACAUCACCGCCGGUCCGGCGCCCAGCGGCCAGGGCAGCGGCAUCACCUACUCGAGCGUCAGCUUCGACGCACGCCGGGGGACGCACAAGAACUUCCAGCUGACUGUCACCGACGAGGGCAGUGUCUUCAGCGCGGGCUGCAUCCGUCCCCAGGCGCCGUACGCCGCGUGUGAGCCGCAGCAGCAGACAGCAGUUCCUCCGCCACGCCAGCCCCCGCCGGUGGCGUCGCUUCUCUCCACCGAUGGACAUUCACCCUCGGACUGUGACAUGCCGGAAGUAUUCCCCUAUCCCACGCAGCCCCAGAACCACGUUGUCGCCUCCAACUACAACACGAACCAUGCUGCGGACAACAACAACGGCGUCAGCAGCAGCAGCCACGACAGCAGUCCCGUCAGCAUGCCCCUCUAUGCCGGAGUCCUCGAGGAGUGCGAUCCGGAAGCUCGAGCGGCGACCAUUGAGCGGCAGAAGAAGCGGCGGGACAAGCUGGCCAAUGCUCUGAGGGACAACAAGAAGCGACUGCUCGUGCUGGAGCAGGAGAUCAACAUACUGACCGAGCCGGUGCCGGUGGGCGAAUCUGAAAGACUGGAUAGAGAUAUGAAGAAACUGACUGAGGACUGCCAGCGGCUGCUCAACUUGAUCAACGAACACCAAGCGAAUGGCUCUGGUGCUGCGCCAAAUUCCAUGAAUCGUCAGAACUCGGCCCCAGCCAACAAUAACCAGCAACAACCGCAGCAGCCACAGCCAUUCCCACGACAGCGUCAGGCUGGUCGCUCCCAGGCGCCGCCCAGCUCGUUGCGUCUGCACUCGGUGCCGGCCCAGCCAACGGCCCAACCAUCGGCCCAGCCGGGUCCUGACUUUGUGCAGCACCACAGCAGUGCUCCGACUUCUGCCUGCCUGACGCCCCAGCAGCAACAGCAACUCCAGCUUCAGCAGGCGCCGCCGCCAACGUAUGCCCAGUACUACCAGUUCCAGCAAUAUCUGCAGCAACAGCGACAGCAGCAGCUCCAGCAAUUUCAUCUGCAGCAACAGCAGGCGCAACAGCAGCAGCAGCAACAGCAACCGCAGAUGUCUGUGCAGCGUCCGUCAGCAAACGACGAGGAAGAAUACCCAUCGGACUCGGACGGGGACGAGGAUGAGGAGCCACUUGACAUGUGGGCCUGCAACAUGUGUACAUUCCGCAAUCAUCCGCAAUUGAAUAUUUGCGAGGCCUGUGAGAACGUUAGGAUCCAGCCGGGUAUGAUACGCAUUGUCCCUAGCGGAGGUGGCCCUGGAGCUGCUGACGGAGCUGUUGGCACGUCCGCUGCUGGCCUCGAGCAGCAGCAGCAACCGCAGCAGCCCCAGCAGCCAUAUGCAUUGCAUACAUAGCCUCCGCCCAUCCAGAAACGGAAUGCAAAGUUCUCCUAACAUGCAUGCGCUCGCUUUUUAUUGCUUACCCGCUGCAUGUGUCCUGCUGACAAUGGUGGACUUUGAAACUGUGAUAGCAUUUAAAUUAGUAUCGUGUGGAUACACUGGCCCGGCUCGAUAAACUGCGGCUCCACCUGAAAGACAUACCCAAGCAAGCCCCUUCAAUUUAUGAUUUAUGUAAAUUGCAAGUGCCUCAGCAUCAGCAUCGCUGUAACGAUAGCAUUAACAGUAACAGUAACAAUAUCAAUAACAGUAACAGUAACGAUAACAGUAACAGUAACAGCAACAGUUGCAUAGCUCUAAGCAAUGAAACAAAACAAAGUUUAUUAUUUUUAGCAUCUUGAUCAAUAAAGAACGUUAUUUAAAUAUUUAAA